UUUUCUUUUUCCCCCUUUGACAAGCUCUGAAUAUGGGUUCUCUGGUUACGUAAUGGGAACGGGUGGGAAUGUCCAGGGGGAGGGAGUCCUACACCGAGGGAGGAAAUGGCUUAACAGUCUCGAGAACGUCAAGCCAAGUCACAGAGUCGUUUCGAUUCCAGGAGCCGGGAAAAGCAUGAUCCCGCGCCGGAAUCUUGCAGUUAUCUUCCUAUCUACUUUAUCCUGGCUACCCUACCUACAUACGCCCUCUCUUGCAGCUUGGUGCCCGCAUGGAUGCUGGGCCAUGACAUGAAGGAUGGAGACUGGGGAUGACAUGGAUAUUAUCUCGGUCUGCAGUGAAUAGAAAUACACGUUGUAUUAAAGGGCAA